AUGGCCAACAACGACCAAAUCUCCGAUGAUGGAGACUUCAUCUCAAAAGAAUUAAACGCUCAAAAUAAGGACAUGAGAGAAUGGUUUGAAGAAUAUAUGUCAAUAGACGCCGACGAACUUCGUUCAAGUCAUCACAUAUUUGAGGCUUUAGACUCUGAUGAGCUAGACGAGGAUUCAUCUGAGAAACGUAUAUUGGAUUCGGCAGCAACUCCUAUCCUCGGAAGAUUCUGCCUCGAAUGUCAAGAACUCUUUGAUAAUUGGCCGACAUUGGGCAAUUCUUCAACUAGGGAACACGAUUCAAAGCCUGGUUCAGAAGAUGGCUGGGAGCACACUGCUGUAAGGCCAUGUAGCUUGUUCAAAUUAGAAGCAUCAACACGGGCUGGGUGCAAAUUCUGCGCGUUAAUGAUCCAACGCCUCAAAGAUGAGGAGCUACUCGGACUCUUUCGCAAAGUUGAGGAUCGGUUAUUACUCUUGGGUGAAAGCUCAAUGUCGUUUUUAUCCAUUCAGAACUGGGCUGCAAACCCAACACAGCUGCUGUGGUCAAAUCUACCGGGAAAAAUCUGCACUAGUUGCAAUGCCGGAAUAGCGUCUGAGCUGAAGUUUGUGUCCUCUUUUCUCCCAGCAUCUGCCAAUUGCUAUGAAAGACCGCCAGAUGUAUUCAGCACAGCGCGCAACUGGCUAUCGAAUUGUAUCCAAAAGCACGAAGCCUGCAAUAGCAAUGGCCAUGCAACUUUGCCCACGCGGCUUAUAUUUGUCGCUGAAGAAUCGCCACGACUUGUUUUCACGGCGGACUAUCAAGAAAGAUUGCGAUAUGCAACACUGUCCCAUAGCUGGGGAUCUCAUGAGGUUAUCAGGCUUACAACCAAAAACAUCGGCCAGCUAAUGAAGGAGAUACCACUGGAUAUUCUUCCAAAGACUUUCGAAGAUGCAAUAAACAUUACACAAAAACUCGGCAUUGAUUUCUUGUGGAUUGACUCUUUGUGCAUUAUACAGAAUGACGGCGAUGAUUGGCAAAAAGAAGCUGCGCUAAUGAGCUCAGUCUAUGGUGGUUCUUUCAUCACAAUAGCUGCCUCAUCAGCUCGCGACAGUACCGAAGGUUGUUUUUUCAGACCACCAAACUUUAGCGGCGGCCUUCGAGCACGAAUCACUGAUGGUGGACGGCAAAGAGUACAAGAGUUUCGAAACCGAACAGAAUACGAAAGUUCGACUUCAAGAGCUCAUCUUGGAACAAGAGCAUGGGCUCUGCAAGAGAAAUUGUUGUCACCACGAACCAUUCAUUUUGGUGAUCGUGGCGCUUUUUGGGAAUGCAGGUCUUUAAUUGCUUCUGAAGUUUUUCCCGAUGAAUUUCUAGAUAUAUUUGUUCAUCCACUUGUCUGCCGAACAAGGAAUUACAAGUCGCAGUGGCGUCAAAUUGUUGAACUUUAUUCGGCAGCUAAUCUGACAUAUGGGAAAGACAAGUUACCAGCCUUCUCUGGCAUUGCGAAAUCAUUAAACGACGAGAAUGGCGAUCAAUAUUUGGCCGGAAUAUGGAGGAGAAAGAUCGAAGAACAGCUUUGCUGGGGUCUGGCGAGAUCCAAGGCCUCAAAGCGACCGCUCUGGCGAGCUCCUUCUUGGUCUUGGGCUUCUAUCGAUGGGCAAGUAACAUGGCCUACAUCAUCCCCCAUGUUUCUCGAUGCUAGGCACGCGCACGUUGUGGAUGCCAACACGACUCUUUACAGCUACGAUCCUUUCGGACAGGUCAUUGAUGGAUUCAUCCGACUCGCUUGUUCUACCAUGGCAGCUGGCCACAUCGUUUUCACAGAGACUUUAGAUGGAGCAGGAUCUAGAGGUGACGCUGCAAUUUCUUUGGACGGUCGCGGCCAAAAGAAGGAGUUCCGAAUCCGUUUAGACUGUAUAAAUGACAUCAACCAAGACUAUGCUCAACUUACAUAUUUGGUACCACUGAUUGGAGGCCCAGGCGCCACUGGUCGCAUAAGCAGUGAGAAUAAAUGGAUACCAGACUUGGUCGUUGUCGGUAUCGUACUCCAAAAUACGGAUUCCGUAACGAGAAAAUACACAAGGAUUGGAACGAGGGAAAGUCUUGAUGCACUGUAUGAGCCAUUCUUUCAAGUUCUAGAAGAACAAGGUCUGACGACAGCUGAAGCAGCGUGUUCUGAGAUUCUAUCAAAUGCUGAACCUCCUGAUCAUCGGUAUCUUAUCACUAUUGUAUGA